AAUGAUACGUCUCUUUUGCUGCGUCAACCAUAGCAAAAAACGACUUGCGCCUGCAGUCAUUUAUCUUCGAAUGUUUUCUUUACAUAAUCCCAUAGUAACAUUAGCUAGGAUAUUCAUACAUAGGAGUAGGAAUCACAAAUGCUGCGUGGAUUCAGAAUGUCCGCCUGAUAAACCUCUCAUUGUCAAGUGCACGUUUGAUAAGUGGCACAAACGAAUCAAUUUCUCAUCGGCGCGGAAUUGCUCCUAUGAUCUCCUCCGAAGCAAGGUGGAACAAUGCUUCUCUCUGUACGCUGCAUCAUAUGCCAUCUCUUAUAAGGACGACGAUGGAGAGAUAACGACCAUUGCAACGGAUGCCGACCUUGUUGAAGCCAUUCAGUACUUCCAAGCAGGGGAUGACGCCCCUCUAUCCUCCGCAGCGUCCAUUCUUUCUGGGCGCAGUUUCGGUCUCAAGAAGAUCACUCUCCGUGUCACCAUAACGGUCGAUUAUGACGGUCCAAGUCUCUCCGACACCUCCUCCCUCGCGAGUUUGGAGGAGUUCAAAGGGCGAAACGGCAGUCAACAAUCCUUCUCUUUCGGAACCCCAUCUAUUGACCUCGAUGACGAUUCCGUUACUGUAAGUUCGAGAGAUCCUGGAACAUCCUCCACUCGUAAUAGCAAGACGUUGGGUAGCUCACUCCACUCCCUCGGGAAGAAGAAAAGCUUCAUUUGUUCGGACAAUCGGGGGACGUCGAAGGGGUAUGAGGGUCGUUCGCUGAAUGGAACAACUCAGCUUCCUUCCGACACCAACAACGAAGGCACUCAACAACGCGUCGCAGAUAGUGAACUAGGCGCCGCUGCAGAUCGAUAUCCAGAAGAUCCGUCGGCCGUUUUUGAACGUCUCAAGUUAUCGGAAACACUACAAGACGAUUCAUCCAGUGUGGAUUUCAAUUCGCUUGAUGCCAACGAACGCGGUGCAGCCUGGCUACGAGACCAGAAUGAGAGGGCAGUCCGUUCUGUGCUUGGAGCUCUACCAGCGCCAUCAGAGUCGGACGGCUUUUCACUUUCGUUGGGGUCUCAAGAGGAAUCACUCGGUGGUGAUCUUGCCUUGGAAAGGGAUCCUCGUGGCAAAUACUACUACACCUACACCUCAGGCUCUUCUUCACAAUACCAAGGCUCGGCAGAGGACGAGGGUCAAUAUGGCGAAGGCGACCCCAGUAAUCGCAACUCCAUGUUUCCACGAAAGCCACGUCCCACCUCUAUGCAAUUAAACUGGCUAGCUUCUCAACGCGUUGAAGUGCAAGGAAGCCAGAGGUUGGACCGUGAUAUCCGAUCCACAUCCAUACAGGAGGAAACUCCAGAAGACAUUCUUUACAUCGACAAAGAUCUGUUCCCAUUCCUUCCAGUCCCGGGGCCUCGUCCAGAAAUCCUGACAGAUUGUUCUAAUUGUGGUGUCCUCCUGGAUUCCAUCCGAUAUGUUUGUUCCACUUGUGGCGAGAAGGCGCCUAGGGAUUCAGGGUCAGAGAAGGGUAAAGAAAAGGAUUCACCUACCAGCUCCUACAGCUACCCUCCUCUACCCCAUCCCCUCUUCUCCAGCCCAAAUUCUAGUUCAUCCCAGACCUUCGUCGGAAGUUCGGAUUCACCGCGUGAGCAUCAUCGCUACAAACCCUUACCCUCCAUACCCUCCGUUCCCUCCUUACCCUCGCUUCAUUCAAUCUUCUCAGCUCGGAGAAGCCCAAGCGUUCCGAGUUCCCCGUCAUCGCUGACACAUAAUACGACAUCGGGUUACGAGCUCUGCUCCAUGUGUCUGGAGACCGUUGGAAUAAACCAUGCGAUAGAGGCGGUCAUGGCUGCACCGGGUUCUUCCCCGAACAUCAGUAACAUGUCUCCAGGCUUCGACGACCCCCAGAGAGCUUCGCAGUGGAGAAGGGCUGCACCUAAGAAAGGUCAAUUGCGCCACGCAUAUCAAGAAAGGGUCUGGGGCCAUAACGGAUGGGAACACGUUGUGCUUGACGAGGCACAAAUAUCGCAAUGUUCAACAUGUUCUGCUGUUACGGAGAGGAAACGAUAUAAGUGCGCUUCGUGUGAAAAAAUGCACCUCUGUCGUGCAUGCUAUAGCCAAGUGCAUGAGCUACAUCCAUCCCAUCCAUUCUGCAUCGUCCCGGACAAGCCUGUCGAGGAGCCUAUUAGUGAUGAUUACCUUACCGGUCCACUCUCGGAGUCGCAGGAUGAGCUCGCUCUCAUCCAUCCUGGAGUCAAAUGUGCACGCUGUUUGCUCGACAUCGUUGGAGCAAGAUUCCAUUGCGCAAUAUGCGACUCAGUCGAUAUUUGUUCCAACUGCGAAUCUGCAGGCCUUCCUGGAAAUCUUGACUCCGCUGACGGCGGGCAUAACUCGUCUCACAUUUUGAUCAAGAUUCCAUACCCCCUGGAAACCGCUGAGCUCCAGAACGCUAGCCGACGAGCCCUUCAUCUUUGGACUGGAAGAGAUGCCGCCAGUGUGGGCCUGCAAGUCCCAAGAUCGAAAGCCAACUCGGAAAUUUCAUCUUAUGCCCAGACCCUCAUUGGCGCUGGAUCACGAGAACGGCCGCUUCAUGCGAAGGACCACCACCUCUUCUGCAAUGGAUGUGGCCAGCUGAUUAUCGGCGUAUGUUAUCAAUGUGCUCACUGUCCGUCGAAGCCCUCAGCUUUCAACUUGUGUUCGAAUUGCGAGGAACGGUCAUAUUUGAUCCACGAUCCCAUGCACAUAUUCUUCAAACUGCCUCGGCCAGUGCAUCGGCCAAUAGAAUCACCGUAUGGGAUGCUACCGCCUUGAUACAAGAUUCCUGCAGGACCUCCGCCAAAUAUGCCACGAACCAACGACCCACGAGGCAAGUA